UUAUUUGUUAAUAAUUUUAGGAAUGUUUGUUGAAACUCAAAGCGAGGGCUUUUUCAUUCAUUCAAUAUCUGUUAAUUGACGAAGUCGUUGAAGGUCGUGAUCGCAUAACAUUCAACCGCAAAGUGGCAGCGGCGACAGCACUGAUAAUAAAAAUUUUAAUUGGAUUUGGAAGACUUUCACAAGGCGACAUCGUAGCAACAGUGGGACACAGAUAAUGUUGAGCCGUUUGCCGCUAUAUACGUGUGGAGAGAUAGUCCGAGGAUUUGGACGUGGUUCCAAAGAACUGGGCAUUCCAACAGCAAAUUACCCGCUUGAUGUGGUGAAAUCGCUACCAGAAUCCCUUCCCACCGGGGUCUACUACGGCUGGGCGAAUGUUGACAAUGGUCCAGUACAUAAAAUGGUCCUCAGCAUUGGCUGGAACCCAUUCUACAAUAACACAGAGAAGAGUGUCGAGACUCACAUGCUCCACGAAUUCAAUUGUGAUUUAUAUGGACAAAUCCUUAAAAUCUGCAUGGUUGGUUAUCUGAGGCCUGAGCGCAGUUUUGAUUCGCUGGAGGCCCUGAUAACGGCCAUUAAGACCGACAUAGAUCAGGCCAAAGAAUUACUUAGUACACCCGAAACUAUGAAACUACAAGAGGCUACCUUCUUUAAGGAGGAUAUCAAGAAGAACUAAGGACAAUUUUGUAUUUUUAUUCUUUUAAAAGAGAUUUAUCUUAUCAUUUUAAUUAGCGGAAUGUACAUAAGCAGCCAGACUUCGAAUAUUGACGUACUUAAAUGAAACACUUGAAAUUCAAAACAUUACAUUCAUCAUGUAUCAUUGUUAUCAAAUUGUAGUUAAAUGUUGACCAUUUAAAUAAAUUAAAUUUUUUAUUUUACAAAAUCA